UCACCACGGAGAGAGUCGGACAAGAUCACGACCAUCAGCUCGAUCCAGGCUGCUAAUCCUGCACGAAAAACGCGUAUUUUCUAUGCUACAUGCAUCGUUUGAUAUUAUAGAAUAGCAGAUAGGUUUUAGUGUUUAUUUUAAGAAAACGGAAGUUAACAGAAGACCUCGAUCAUCGACCAAAGGACGAGAAGAUGUCUGGAAAAGACAGGAUCGACAUAUUCCCCUCCAGAAUGGCUCAGACCAUCAUGAAGGCUCGGCUGAAAGGGGCUCAAACCGGCCGCAACCUGCUCAAGAAGAAAUCUGACGCCCUCUCCAUGCGCUUCCGUCAGAUCCUCCGCAAAAUUAUUGAAACUAAGACUAAAAUGGGAGAGGUGAUGAGAGAGGCGGCUUUCUCUUUGGCUGAGGCCAAAUUUACAGCCGGAGACUUCAGCACAACUGUAAUCCAGAAUGUCAACAAAGCCCAGGUGAAGGUCCGAGCCAAGAAAGACAACGUGGCAGGUGUCACCCUGCCAGUUUUUGAGCACUACCAAGAAGGCGGAGACAGUUAUGAGCUGACUGGUUUGGCCAGAGGAGGAGAGCAGCUUUCAAGGUUGAAGAGGAACUACGCCAGAGCUGUGGAGCUGCUGGUGGAGCUGGCCUCCUUACAGACAUCUUUUGUCACUCUGGACGAAGCCAUAAAGAUCACCAACCGCCGUGUGAACGCUAUUGAGCAUGUGAUCAUUCCUCGCAUCGAUCGCACUCUCACCUACAUCAUCACAGAACUGGAUGAGAGAGAACGAGAGGAGUUUUACAGGCUGAAGAAGAUCCAGGAGAAGAAGAAGCAGCUUCGGGAAAAGACAGAACUGGAGAUUGCCGCCCGUAUGGCUACAUUGGGUCCCAUCGCGGAGCCCUCCAACAUGCUGACAGAGGAGACGGAUGAAGACCUGCUGUUUGAGUGAAGCGCUCCAGAAGCCGACAAUUCACCGACUUCACCCAACAUCCUAUUUAUUCUGUGCCUCUGAGGCCAUGUCUAUGUCUUCUCAUGCAAGUGAUGAAAGCUGUUUUUUGUGUACUUGUCUGUGAUGAUUUGUUCUGUUGUAUCAGUGCCGGAUGGUGCUGCGUGUUUCCAGAUUUGUCACUGUACAGAGGAAAAGUGUUGUCACACUUGGCCGUUUACCCACAAGGGAGUCAGUAUACUAUUACAAAAUAAUCUAAACAAUAAGAGUAUGUUUACACAUGGUUUGUGCGUGAAAUUAAAGAAGCAUUCCUGUGACUGAU